UUUCCAGAGUCAAAGAUUCGAAUCAAUAAAAAGAGUCGGUCUUCCCAUCACUACUGGGCUGUGGAAAUAGCUGAGCGGGGUAGACCCCGGCAAAAGUGAUGUCAGAUGAUAGAACGUCAUCCUAUUGUUCUCUUAAAAGCAAAGCAACAUCACUCACACAAACACACACACACGCACACACACAGAUACAUCAUGGUGUCGUUUUUUACCGCUGACAGCACACUCGAAACGGCUUUUCCCCAAAAAACACGCAUGGACGGAGUCUUAUCACCACCAGCAGUAGCCGAAGCACCACCACCAGCAGCAGCAGCAGCAGCGCUCACGCCGGUCCAGCAGAGUCACAAAGUCAGGCAGAGGAAACAAAAACUCAUGUCCAAACUUAGUGACUCUGGAUUCGAGGAAGACUGGGUACCUUCGCUGUCGCCGCCAAUCGAAACAGACGUAAUACAAGGUUCAGAUAAACCGGGACCUCAAGUGUCCACCUGGUACCUGCACUACGGAGACAUCUGCUUCGGCAUCGAGAGGAAGAAAGAGGCGCAGUUCUAUCCCUGCAGGAGCCUGGAUCGCCAACCACAACUGACUGCUGAAGCACGCUGUAAACUGGUCAGCUGGCUAAUCCCCGUACACAAACAGUUUCAGCUAUCGUUUGAAUGCUGCUGCCUGACGGUGAACAUCAUGGACCGGUUCCUGGCCUCCACACCAGUGGCUCCUGACUGCUUCCAGCUCCUGGGAGUCACUGCACUUCUUAUAGCCAGUAAACAUGUGGACGUGCACUCACCUCGAAUCAGCCACCUGUUGUCCCUGUGCUGUGAUGCUUUCAACAAGGAGCAACUCUGCAACCUGGAGUGCAUGAUCAUCCUCCACCUGAACUACUGCCUCGCUGCACCCACUAUGGCGUUUUUCUUGGACUAUUACACCAACUGCAUUAGGGCUUCGCAGCAUGUGUUUGCUGGCCAUGACUGCUUUGUGAGAAUAAAUCCGAACACAAAAAUACCCAAACAGCUUGGCACCUUCGCACAAAAGGUGUGUGAGCUGAGUUUAGCCGACUACGCCUUCAACAAAUACCCACCGUCUCUGACGGCUAUGUGUGCACUCAAGCUAGAGAGUGAGCUGGAAGAGCACGCAGACUCCCACUCGUUCAGGGAAGGUUUGGUGGAUGAACUCUGUGUCCAGGUAAAGUUUCAGGAAAGCUACGAUCCUGGUUUGGUCCAAGAAUGUAAGGACAAUCUGAAGCUGCUGGUGUCUCUAAAUCAGCAGUCUCUGGAAGUUAUGUCGAACAUAUGACUGCACCAACUCACAUGUUUACAGAAAGACAAAAAUGUUCUAUGUGCUUUAAUUGUGCAGCACAGAUAUAAAUAUAUAUUUUAAAACAGCAGGCAGAAGAAACAUUCAGUAGUGAACCCUUUAUUUUUGCAUAUGCACUGGAUAUGUCAAAGAAAAAAAAGAAUGUAAAUGUAUUGUAGUUGUUGAAUAAAUGCAGUGUGUGAUGGUUAAUACAAA